AUGGCUGAUACUCCACUCUCAGCCACUCCUUCCCUUCCAACAGUUGCCGAUCCGACCAGAUCGACCUCGGCGUCUGCCAGCUCGAGUGUAGCCAUCACUACCCCUACAUCGACCUCUACCACCUCCACCCUGACCUCCACUUCCACCUCCACCUCCAGUUCAUCCACAUCAUCAACCUUCACAACCUCCGCAUCUACUGCCUUGACAGAUAGCAGCAGCUUGACUUUGAGCAGUGCUUCCACUUAUUUGAGUGCACCUACUCCAUCUCCCAGCCAGAUCUCGUCAUCCACGUCCUCGUCUACCUCCCCCGACACUACAUCAUCACCUCCUUCCUCUGGUUUAUCCUCUGCGACUACCUACUUCACCUGCGACAGCAACCUCGCAGCCACUGCCAAUAUCAGCGACAGUUUUCACAUCCACACAGCCGGAUGGAAGCGCAAUCGGAGUGAUGAAGCUCAUAAAGUCGUUGUCCUCAGCACCUACAAACACCCUCAUAGUGCAGAAUAG